AUGGUCCUGAGUUCAUUUCUAACAUCCCUCCUGUCAGGUGCAGCAGCUGGAACGUCAACAGAUCUAGUGUUUUUCCCCAUUGAUACCUUAAAAACAAGAUUACAGGCUAAGGGAGGAUUUUUUGCUAACGGUGGCUACCAUGGUAUUUAUAGAGGUCUAGGUAGUGCAAUUGUCGCAUCUGCACCAAGUGCUUCUCUCUUCUUUAUCAGUUAUGAUACAAUGAAAGUAGAGGCUAGGCCGUAUAUUGAGAAGUUGAUACAGAAUACAACCAAAAAUGAUGCUCCAUCUACUCAAUUAGCAGAUACUUUAACUCAUAUGUUUUCAUCAUCUGUUGGUGAAGUUGCUGCAUGUUUAGUUCGAGUGCCAGCUGAAGUCAUUAAACAACGAACUCAAGUACAUAAAACAAAUUCUUCAUUACAAACGUUAAAGAUCAUUCUUAGAAAUGAAAAUGGUGAUGGUAUUAGAAAAAAUUUAUAUCGAGGUUGGUCUACCACCAUCAUGAGAGAAAUACCAUUUACCUGUAUCCAAUUCCCAUUAUACGAAUUCUUAAAAAAGAAAUGGAAAGAAGCUGAUGCUUCCGAUGGACCAUUAAAUCCGGUAAAGGGAGCAAUAUCAGGCUCUAUAGCUGGUGGGGUUGCAGCAGCAACAACUACACCAUUAGAUUUUCUUAAGACUAGGCUGAUGUUAAAUAAGACAUCAAUACCUGUUAGACAUCUCGUGCAAAAUAUUUAUCGAGAUGAAGGAUUCAAAAUUUUCUUUAGUGGAAUCAUCCCAAGGACGAUGUGGAUAAGUGCUGGUGGUGCAAUUUUCUUGGGAGUCUAUGAAAUGACUCACUACGUAAUUGAUACGUCACAUUUACUAUCUACUUUUCCAUAA